UCUACCGGAACCGGCCUGCCCACCAUUCUCGCCCGGACAUCGACAAGGUUCCCCCCUAUCCACCGGCCACACCCCGCCGUGAAUGGCCGCCCUGAUACCGGAAACGGCCAAGAGGAUAUUCACGCCGGAGACCCUCCGGUCAGCUGCCAAGCAGUCUCAGGGCUGUCUCGUUGUCCCCGUCCGCCUCCGCCGCGCCAUCAAGAAGUACCUCCGAGAGCAAGAGGAGCCGUUUCUAAAGAGGAAGGUGCUGAGGCUAUCCGCUUCCUUCUGCGAAAUUAAGGAUGUGAACCUGCACCUCACCACUUCCACCUCGAAGGAGCUGGUUGAAGACCCUUUUAAGUCUCUGGAGGGCUCCAAAAGGUGGAAGAUUAAGAGUGCGUACGGCGACAUCGGCCUCAAGUACCAGGAUGAUGAGACUGUUGCUUAUGUGGCUUCACGAAUGCCCGCCGUUUAUUCUGCUUGUUAUAGGGUCCUCAAGGAGGUUCGGAGGAGGCUAUCUGGGUUUUCUCCAGCGAGAGUAUUAGAUUUUGGUGCUGGAACGGGAUCUGCUUUCUGGGCUCUGCGUGAUGUUUGGCCUCAAUCCUUAGAGAGAGUCAAUUUGGUGGAGCCAUCUCAAUCAAUGCAGCGCGCUGGUCGGAGCCUUAUACAAGGUGCGAAGAAUUUGCCGCUUAUCCAUAGCUUUGACAGCAUUCAAUCUUUAAGUAAGAACAUCGAAAAGUCUGAGAGGCAACAUGAUCUUGUGAUUGCUUCAUAUGUGUUGGGUGAGAUACCAUCUCUACAGGACCGAAUUACAAUAGUUCGCCAGCUAUGGGAUCUUACUGGGGAUGUACUGGUUUUGGUUGAGCCAGGGACACCACAUGGAUCUAAAAUUAUCUCUCAGAUGCGAUCUCACAUAUUGUGGAUGGAAAAAAGGAAAUUCCGCAAAUCUAAGGGGCUUAAUAAGGAAAGUAAGGAUUUGGUGCCUCUCAAGACUGGGGCAUUUGUUGUUGCUCCUUGUCCUCAUGACGGGCCCUGUCCCCUAGAGAAAACAGGAAAGUAUUGUCAUUUUGUUCAGCGCUUGGAAAGGACUUCAUCUCAACGUGCAUAUAAGCGUUCUAAAGGGGAGCCUCUACGUGGAUUUGAGGAUGAGAAAUUCUGUUAUGUAGCUUUCAGACGGGGUCAGCGUCCAGGAGAACCUUGGCCUCUUGAUGGCAUGACGUUUGAGACAUUGAAAGAGCAGCAUGCUAAGAGAAAAUCUGAAGAUCUCGAAAUUGAUCUUGAGGACUUGCUGAAGAUGCAAACAAUUGAUGCUCCAUCCGAUGUGAAGGAUCCGGUGUUAUAUGAGUCUGACAUCUUAGAAAGUGAUAUCAAUGAUGAAAUUAACGAUGAUGGUCAGGAGGAAGGAGGAGAAGAGGAGACAACCCAGGCUGAUCUCGGGGGUGGUUGGGGCAGGAUCAUCUUCUCACCUGUCCGGAGGGGCCGGCAGGUUGCAAUGGAUGUGUGCCGAUCGACCAAAAGGGACGGUUCAGAGGGUGCCUUUGAACAUAUAGUAGUCACAAAGAGUAAGAAUCCAAUGUUGCACCAUCAGGCUCGGAGAUCUCUAUGGGGGGACCUAUGGCCGUUUUGAGGAUCUUUUAUUUAUUUGACCGGACACAAAACACACAUCGGUAUCGGUGUGGAAGAACAUCUGCUAAUUUCACUACUCUCCCGAGCUGGGAAGGAAGAGAGCUUUUUUCUGUCUUAUGAGACAUCCAAUCACUUCAAGCCACUUAAGCCGAAGCGGAGGGGAUGACUCCAUUGAUUCAGUCAUAAUAGAUGAGAGACUUGGGCUGGCAGGCGGUGAAUGGAAGGCUUGGAUGGUUCAGGAGUCACCUAAUAACCGAUCGAAUCAUCCCUGCAUUGCCUUCACGGUCCUUCCCGGAGCCUACAAUCUUGGGCAAGGGAGACAUCAAGGACUUGUUUUAGAUCUUUUGAAGUGAUCGAUUCCUCUGGUGUCUUUUGGUGCCCUGUCCUUGGUUCUAAGAGUUCAGUUUCUUGUAUUCUGUUGGAAAGGUCGUCUUUCAUCACAUUGCAUUGACAAAUAAAUGCAGAUUCUCUUUACUAAGAAAAAUCAAUCGCCAAUGAAUCUGGGAAA